AUGGAGGCUAGUAAGCUUGCUUCACUUCUAAGUAUUGCGCUUAUCAUAAAACAAAGGAGGAAAAGGCGGAGAAGAUCAUUGUGGACCAGAGAAUGGUUAAAGAGGAACGAACGUGGUGUUUUUCGUCAGUUAAUGGAGGAACUACGACUCGAAGACCCAGAACAUUAUUGUCGAUACUUGAGAAUGGACACGUCAACAUUUGAGGUAUGUGUUUGCUGUUUAGAUAGAUUUAUGAAGCCAUGUACAUACGACUAAGUUUUCGUUGACGAAUUUACUUGUUUAAGUGCAAAAUGAACAAGAAAUUAUGAGCUAAAUGUUGGAGACAUUUUGAUAAUACGAAACAAUGCAAACGUCGGUAAACAGCGCAAUGUGAAUGCUCACGCUUUCGUGCCCUUGCUAUAAUUAUACACCACUAUAAAUGAUUUUAGAAUUUCGCUAAACCGUGUAGAAUCUUCCACUGUUGUUAAAAAAACUAUUUAGUCGAUUUUAGUCGUGGUAAAGCCACAUUUUUGUCCAGAAUUUGAAUUUUAUUUUAUAUUUGUUUUGAGCUGUGACUGUGUACGCCGAGGUCCGCGCCAAUAAUAAAAUAUUUCCGUUCGUAUAUUUAUAGGUUUACUGUGUUCGUAGCCCGCGUGCAGGCCCAAGGGAACUGAUAGUCGUCCUGCAAGCAAGGCCCGGUAUUUUGUACUUUCCGCGUUCGCCCACGAACGCGGCAUUCUGAUUGGCUGUUUUUUCUGUUGGAUUCUAUAAUUAGGUCAGUGAUUCAUCACAAAGGCUCUCUAUAAGCUCAAAAUUCGAAAAUUGAUCACUUUUUUCGAUUAUAAAUGGAACAAGAACAGACUGUUUAUUGUUUACUUGAAGGAAGAGAUGUUUUUGCCGUUAUGCCAAUGGGGAUUGCUUGUCGUGAGGUGUUGGAAUAGCAACAUUACGACUGGGGUAAACUAUAGUAACCUUUACUUGAGUUUCAUUAAUUUCAGACUUGAUACGUUAUAUGUUCCUCAAGAAAAUUAUCUUUUGGUUGAUGUUGAGAUGCAGUUGCAUGUAAGCCUAGCCUGUUCGAAACACUUUGCGAUUUACAAGGCUUCGCUGAGAGAGCGAAACAGAAGACGGUAUUAUUAAAAUUGCCGUUUGAAACGAAACGAUCUGGACUCUGAACGCUCUCUUCUUUUGUAGAGUUCUUUACCAAAUGAAAUAACUGAAAUAAAUUUCGUACUUUCCGCCGCCAACAAGAAUUACACACACGAUCUGAUAAGUGAGACAAUUUAUUUAUAACAAUGCCAAUGGCGACAGCGAAGCACACAUAAUAUAAAUGCUAAUGUGGUCGCACGACUUCCCUCACGAUUUGAAGUUUGAGACUGGUUUUCUGUUGAAAUUCGUCCUAAUUUGCCUGUUCCGAUUUUAGUUGAAAAUGAGCACUUGCAAAUUUGGCAAUUACUGACUGCGUUGCUUGCUUUUUUGGAGUUAAAACGCUGCCAUUUACACAUUGUUUAUGUUCUGAAUAAGCAGAGAAAACCCCGCAACAUUUUAAUGCGAGUUUGUUUGUUAAUAUUUGGGUGCUGUCAUUGGUUCUUUUUUGACAAUUGACGCGCGAAUGGGGCGUGUUAUGAAAAGGGGCGUUUUACAAAAUACCGGGCCUUGCUUGCAGGCCCACUAUCAGUUCCCUUGGGCCUGCACGCGGGCUACUGUGUUCGUAAAUGUAUUUUUGUUGUUUUUUUCAGUGUUGUAAAUAUCUUGUUGUUAUAAUAACCCCCUACCCAAACUUUCGCUCAUUAUAAACAUUGCUUUUAAACAUUUUCAAAUAGUGCUUGCUGGAGAAAGUGGAGAUGAAAUUCACCAGGAAGGACACCAAUUUGAAGGAAGCAAUACCAGCUGGGGUAAAACUGGCAUUGACUUUACGAUUCUUGGCUACAGGAGAGUUCUAUUCCAGCUUGCAUAACCAAUUCAGAAUUUCAGUAUCAUAUAUUGCCCUCAUUGUUCCAGAAGUAUGCCAGGCUGUAUUUGAUGUCAUGAUCUGAAAGAUGAAUUUUUACACUUCCCUGAGAAUGAAGAAGAAUGGUGGGCAAUAGCUGCUGGAUUUGAAGACACAUUCUACAUCCUCGCAACAGUAGAUCUGUUUUCUACAAUUACAAGGGUUACUACAGCAUUGUCUUAAUUAAUGGCUGUAGGAGAAGCAAAUUAUAACUUUAUAUUUGCUCAUGUUGGAUGUCAGGGUAGAAUUAGUGAUAGUGUGGUAAUGAGGAAUACCCUGUUCUGGUCUAAGCUGGUCAACGGCAAACUUAAUCUACCCAAACCUAAGCCUCUUCCCUCUUCACCUUCUUUGUUUCAUCCUGACUCAAAUGUUCCUAUCCCAUACUUCUUUGCCGGUGAUGACGCUUUUCCCUCUUGAGACAAUUGUCAUGAAGCCUUUUGCCUAACGAGGUCUUUCUGAGGAAAGACGUAUUUUUAACUACAGGCUUUCUCGGGGGAGACGGGUUAGUGAGAAUGUCUUUGGAAUUUAGUCGAACAGGUUUAGAGUGUAUUCUACUGUUCUUUCCAUUAAGCCUGAUAAUGCUGUUAAGGUGACACUUGCAACCUUGGCACUUCAUAAUUUCCUGAGAGCUAAAGUGCCAAACAGGUACAUACCUAAGCGAUCAGUCGAUAGAGAAGAUCAACUUGGUAGAACGAGAAAUGGCAGUUGGAGAAUUGACCAUGUGGCAAGCAACCUACCAGCCUUUCCAAAUUCCAGAAAAGGCCGAGCAGCUGUUAAGGCCGAGGAAAUGCGAGAAAUCCUUUGUGAACAUUUUAAAGGAGCUGGCCAAGUGCCUUGGCAAUGGAACACCUUGAUUUGA